GAAGAGAACUUUCUCUUUAUAAACGUAUUGAAUAACAAGUAUCAAGUCAUACAAUAUUAUUUUUGUAUUUUGUGCAAGUUUAUUCGAUAAUAAAGUGAAUCUUUUGCAAAAUAAUAUAUUAUUCGGUUUAUUAUCAAUUAAUUGAUAUUUCAGGAGUUUCCUCAACUGAACGUCAACUCUCAAUAAUUUUCAAUUCAACAGCUGAUUAAAAUUUGUUGAGGUGAAAGCUGAAAUGGCUGACAUAAAGCAAGAUAUAAAAGUUGAAGUGGAAGAACAACAAAAUUUUGCAGUGAGUAAUCAAACAGACCCAAAAAAUUUGCAGGAAUUAACUCAAUACAUUCAAACAUUACUUCAACAGACCCAGGAUAAACUACAAACAAUGUCGGAACAAAUAAUUACAAGAAUAGAUGAAAUGGGAACGCGGAUAGAUGAUUUGGAGAAGAACAUAUCAGAUUUGAUGACUCAAGCUGGUGUCGAGGGAACAGAGAAAUGAAAUGGAGAUUCCUGUCGAAUGGGUGUCGGUGUUUCGGGCUG